ACACACACACACACGCACACAAGCAUACACACACAUCCGCACUCCCGCACACUCACACACACACUCACACACUCACCUAUACAGACUGAGUCAGGCUCACAAUGAGCUCGUAUCUGGAGCUGUUCGGACUGUUCGUGCUGCUGAUGUUGCCCUUUCUGUACGAGACGAAUCACAUAUUUCGCUAUUAUUUCAAGUUCAUGUUGUACUAUGGAAUCGUCUCCCUCAAUGCGAUCAUAUUGAUACCCGCAUUUCUCACACGGCCAUGUGAUGUACGCAAUUUACUUUGGGCCAGCACCUGGUGUCAUCGUGUCACAGCUCUGAUUGGACUGCGCUGGGAGCUGCGUGGCAAGGAGCAUCUGGAGAAGGAUCGGGCAUGCAUCAUCGUGGCCAAUCAUCAGAGCUCGCUGGAUGUGCUGGGCAUGUUUAAUAUCUGGCAUGUGAUGAACAAGUGCACGGUGGUGGCCAAGCGGGAGCUGUUCUAUGCCUGGCCCUUCGGACUGGCUGCCUGGUUGGCCGGGCUCAUAUUCAUCGAUCGGGUGCGCGGCGAGAAGGCCCGCGACACGCUGAACGCCGUCAAUCGUCGCAUCAAGGAGCAACGCAUUAAGCUAUGGGUAUUCCCGGAGGGCACGCGCCGCAACACGGGCGAGCUACAUCCGUUCAAGAAGGGCGCCUUUCACAUGGCCAUCGACCAGCAGAUACCCAUACUGCCGGUCGUCUUCAGCUCCUACUGCACAUUCCUCAAUGACAAGAAGAAGAUAUUGAAUGCCGGCCGGAUAGUGAUAACCACGUUGCCGCCGGUUAGCACCGAGGGCCUGACCAAGAACGACAUCGAUCAGCUAAUGGAGCGUGUGCGUAGUCAAAUGAUCGAAACCUUCAAGCUCACCUCAGCGGAGGUGCUGCAGCGCUACAAGCCCCACAAGCCCAUAACCCCAACGGUGGUCAAUGGCGCCGAGGCUGUGGCAGCCGCUGUCGCCAGCAGCUCCGGCUACGCGCAGCUGCAUGCGGCCAGUGCCUCCUACGAGACGUACAAGAGCAGCGCCAGCGGCAAGGCGCCCAUGCUGAAGACCCUGUAGGUCUCUGCCUAUAUAUAUAUGUAUAUAUACAUGACAUAUAUACAUGUAUGUGUAGGUGGGUGCCUAGCAAUACUUUACUUAUGACAUGCACGAUCGAGACUUUCUUCUUAGGCAACACACAUACCAAAAAAA